CAUAACUGGAUGCUCCGACUUCCUUCUGCCUUCCAAAGACAUGCUAAUUAGGUUAACCGGUGAUUCUAAAUUGCCCGUAGGUGUGCGUGCGAGUCUGCGAGACUGACAACUUGGAAUCCAGGGUGCACCCGGCCUCUCGCCCAAUGCCAGCCGCUAUCGUCUCCAGCCCCCCUGUAACCCUCUACACAAUGGAGCGGUUACAGAUAAUGAACCAGCGAAUUCAUUUUCAAACAUUAUUCUGCUCUCGAUGCGGUACAACGUGAUAUAAACAAAAGAGCCCAGAGAACUCACCACGGUUCGCUGUUAUAAAUUCACAAACACGCCAUAUAAAAUCUGCAUCAUUCUCCACAGAUACUGUCCACUUGCCUUUAAGCGUUUUGCUCCCAACCUCGAGUGCUCUGCAUAUCAGCACAACAUUGAUUGUCCGUGUUUUGCAGUUCGUGCCCGUAUUUUUUUCAGACAAGAGGUUAUUGCGUAAAUUGCCUUUACAAAAGUUAUGCAACGCAGUUUGCCUCAGGACUGCUUUUUAUACAUCUGAAUUCUGCUGCGAACUUGCACGUACAGUAAAUGUACAAGUGUCAGCACGUUACAAAUGCAUUUUCGAGACCGUUCUGUCUGUCAAAAGAAUCUCGCUUUUGCUUCCGUUCGUGUCAGUGCGACUGCUUAACACGUUCACAGAUUCGCGAGAUAGUCCCACCAGGGUUUCUGAACCCUUCCCAGACCAUGACCCUUCAUUCAGGCCGCGACCCCCCCGCUACAGCGCUCAAGCGGGACUUUGGAUACAUUUAUAUUCAUGAAGUUUGCCCGAACAGAUAGCUCAGAGUGCAGAAUACCUCUCGGAGAACACAUUCCUGGUCAAGGCUGGUCAGCCCUUAACAUUAUUUAUUCAUUUUUUUUAUCACCUUCAUUCCCCCAUUUCAAUGAGAAUGGCAUCAGAUGUACAGUAGUGAUGGACAUGAAAGUCCACGGUGUACAUCUACUGGAUUUUUUUUGUUUUGUUUUGUUUUGUUUUUAUUGUUUUUAUUGUUUUUCAAGUACAAGCAGAAAAAUAUAGAACAGAAUGAAAUGAAAGAUGGCCAUACAGAACAUAUUUUCUGUGUCCUUUUCUUCCCCGUUGGAUUAGUCGCUGCAGAACAGGUUUUCACUGUCCUCUUGCAGAAAAACACAUAAAUAAAAUAAAACAGAUUUCUCCACGCAGAAUGGGUUUCCAUAGUCCUUUUUACACAGGAAAUAGGAGGAGAUAAAAGAAAGGGGUCAUCUCUCCACACGCAUUUCCAGUGUCCUUUUGCGAAUAAAAAAGUAGACCGAAUAUUCAGUGUCUAUUAUUCAACUAUUUCUUGGAAUUGAAAUUGUUGGACACUCGUUGCUCAGUCGUUUCCUGGUUAUUGCUUUUUUUUUUGCUAGUAGUUAAUAGUAAUUCUAACAAGAAUGUGUCUAUUUUCCUCAUAUGGAAUGUUUCCAAAUGAAUAUUGAUGUGAUUACUGCUGUAAUGUCUACCCAAUUUGAAGAAAUAUUAGGACAUUCUAGGAAUAUGUGAAAAUGGCCCACAGAUAUUUUACCACGUCCUCUCCACCAUUGUAAACUUUUAAUUUUAGCAGUUAUGAAGAAUCUUGAAGAAAAAUGAGGAAGUUCUUGGCCAGAUCUAGUCAUGCUUUUAAGGCCUUGAUUAAUUCUCCCAAAUUAACUUAAAACCUCUCUGAAGUUUGGUAGAUAUUACAUUUACCAGCAAGGGAAGGACCUGAAACAUAGUUUAUUAUGCAUUUAUGCUUAUUAAUUAAGUUUUGCUUGUGAUCAUACAGGUACAUUAAAGUGCUGCUUAGACUAAAGACUGUCAAUUACAAUCAUAGCAAACAUAUCAGUUCAAACAAGUGCGUGAGAACAUCUGCCUGCUAUUGCAUGUGCUUCUGUGUUUGUGUUUGAAUCUCAGAGUCACUACACUGGGAGUUGUGUGACCCCGUCUGGUGUGAACAGCUGACGGGAUAAGUCUUGAUAUAUAAAAAGGUGAGAUCAUAGAUUGGGAGCUACUCGGUGACUGAAGUCGUGGCUUGUAAGAUGAACUCCCUCCACACCUUGCUUCUCCUGGCCGUAGGCCUCUCUGUUGCCCAGUCCCUGGACAGCAAGGCCCUCCACCAGUUCAGAGAGAUGAUUCUGUGCGUGAUGCCCGACAGCAAACCUCUUUUUGACUACGCCGACUACGGCUGCUACUGUGGAUUAGGAGGCUCUGGCACGCCCGUGGAUGAUCUGGAUAGGUGCUGCCAAGUGCACGACCAGUGUUACAGCGAUGCCAUGCAGCACUCGGAGUGCUUCCCCAUCUUUGACAACCCUUACACGGAGUACUACUACCACACGUGCGACACCGCAAACAAAAGGAUCACCUGUACCAGCAAAAAUGACAAGUGUGAGAUGUUCAUCUGUGAGUGCGACAGGAAGGCCGCCGAGUGCUUUGGCCGAACACCUUGGAUCCCCGAGCACGAGCACCUGCCCAGCGACCGGUGUCAGUAAAAACCACCACAUAAAAAUGGAGGAUUUGUGUUCGUCCUGCGGGUCAUGCUGUGUAUUAUGUAUGGCUAGCUUAUUCAAGCGUAUAAUCCUAAGCAUCUUACCAAUGAAGGGCACUACCUGUUCUUUCUUUUCCUUUAAUCGCUUGCACAGGUAGGAAGAAUUAGCAUAGGUCGCUACCAGUUUGGUCUGCCUCUUCUGUUUACUAAACUGUGCUGUAAUAUAGAAAGUUAAUUUUUUUUAAUACAAUCUAUUGGCUUUAAAUAAAAAUAUAUUAAAAAUAUAUAUAAAAAAGAUUUUAAUUUGGUGUGAAAUGCUAUCACUUGAGCCUGCCUGUGUAUGGGAACUUAUUAUGCUCAUCUGCGGAAGUGUUUUUCAUUAUAGAAAUUCUGAAUAGGUGCACCGCAUGUAUAUUAGUUGUUUCUUUGAUGAUAUGGAUAGUAAAAUACAUAAAUAAAUAAAUGAGAACCUGACUCAGUGACACAAA